AGACCACAGGUGUGGACCACGGAGACGGGUUCUACGCCGGGAUGCCGAUCCCCUGCGCCGAGAGCUACGACGGAUUCUGUGUUCACGGGAAAUGUGAAAUCAAGUACAACAUGGCCACCUGCAGGUGUGAUGCAGGUUAUAAGGGGACUAAGUGUGAGGACCCUCAGGACUUCAACAUCCUGUACGUGGUUCCCAGCGGUCAGAAGCUUCACUACGUUCUCAUCGCCGCCAUCAUCGGAGCCGUGCAGAUCGCCAUCAUCGUCGCCGUGGUGAUGUGCAUCACGAGGAAAUGUCCGAAGAACAACCGGGCUCGCCGGCAAAAGCAAAACCCGGGACACUUUUCCUCGGACACGAACUCCCGGAUGGUAUAGCCGAGUCGUCCGGGGCCUUUUUUAAAACCUUUUUUCUUACGCCGUGGGAACUCCAUUUUUUUAAACGGUAGAUGUUUGGUAUUUAGUUUUUUCCUCCUGGAAAACCUUAAAAAAAAGAAGAAGAAUGAGAAUAUUUAUUUAAGGGGCCUUACUUACUUUCCCUCCUUUUUCUUUUUCAUUUUUUUUGGAUGGAAGUCAUUUUUCUUUCUUUGCCGGAAGAACAAGGAGGCGAAUCUUCAAAACCCCCCGCUGUCACUUUACGUUGUUACCGUGUCUUAAUUACUAAAUGCUUUAUAAAAAAACAGUACUUUUGGUAACUGGAGGAACGUCCGCCCCUCUUGAAUGUGCUAUUUAUUGUAAAAUGUUUAUUUCUACGCCCCUGUUUUACUAACGCUGUGCAGCUGAUCACCAAAUGCAGUUUGUUUUCUAAUCGAAGGAGUUUGUGGCCGGCCAGUGAUACAGAAAUGUUUAUACUUUAUUCUCUCAAGACGUCACUGUGUUCCAACAAGCUAAUCAUUUAUUACUAUUCUAAUGAUUCCUUUUCUUUAGAGUAGCUUUUGUUACUUUUGUUUAACAUAAUUAUACUAGUUCCUGUAUAUAUAUCCGCAUGACUUGUGAAAACUGUGUACUGUGGUGUUGUUUCAAACCUUUUUAAAAAGAACUCAACGCCUCCUCGUUUUCAGAGAAAUUCGGAGAUGGACGUCUAAAAGAUUCGGACUGAUAAACGGAGGACAAUGAGAGGGGGAGGUUUACGAUGUUUCUGAAGAAAGCAAUGUUUAAAGUUUGGGGAAAACUGUCUGAAAAUAUCAAAAAGAAGAGCAGCAGUGGGAAACAUUGGGGUACAUUCUUCUGAAAGACAGGUUUGUGUUGAUUCCAAGGAAUGUUUUUGCAUCUUCGUACGAAAUACUUCAGAGGAUUGUAAAGGAAGUGUGUCGCCUGUUUCGAGGUUUCAAAGACUGCGAAUUGUUGUUUUUUAUGUAAGUGGGAGAACACCUUGAUUGCGGAGAUGGCUGUAAUCAAGGUUUGUCUUUGAAUGUGGGAGAAAUAUUUUCUCUUUUUCUACUUUUGUUGGUUUUAGUUUUUGCAUUUGCUCCGCAGCGAGACAUUCCAAGCACAUAAAAAACCUAUAAUAUAAAAAGAUGUCGGUACAAAUAUGACUUUAACCCCCGUUUCCUUCUGGUACAAACAUGUGGUGGGCUUGUUGUCCAGCAGGAAACACCAACAUGAAGAGUAGAAGUGGGAAACAUUGGAGUACGUUGUUCUGAAAAACACUCAUGAGGAACAGGUUUGUGUUGAUUUAAAGGGAUGUUUUUGUGUCUUCGUACGAAAUACCCAAAUUCAGAGGAUUGUAAAGGAAGCCUGUUUCGAGGUUUCAAAGACUGCGAAUGGUUCCUAAACGAUGUUAUGUAACUGGAGAACGUCUUGGUUGCAGGGAUGGCUGUAAUCAAGGUUUUUCUUUGAAUGUGAGAGAAAUAUUGCGUCUUGUUGUUUUGCAUUUGCUCCACAGCGAGACAUUCCAAGCAAAGAAAAUCUGAUAAUAGAACAAGAAAAUCACUUUACGAUACAUAUAUUACUUAAAGACCCUUUUGUUAUUCAUUUACGUGAUACAUUAAAAAGUGAAGACAGACAAAUACUGUAUGUAGAAAGUCAACAGGAGCAACCCACAGGAACUUCACAUCUGAUGAGCGACGAUGUUUUGUUCCUUGUUGUUUUAAUCUGUAUGUGAAGGUAUGACGUUUUGUGCGUUUUAUUUCAAAGUCUAUGGACGAGGAUCAGGGCCACAUUGUUUUUUUAGUUCAGAGAUUAACUGUCUGUCUGUUUCUGAGGAAAUAAGUCAGAAUUUUGAGAGAAAUGUCAAAACAUUUGAGGAAUAAAAGUGGAAAAAAAGUAAUUUCAGAAUUUGGAGAAAAAUAGUCUGAAAUUUUUUUCCUAUAAUUUUUGAGAAAAAUUCUGGGGAACAAUUUUUAUUUUUUUCGCAAAAUGCUCAGAUAAAAAAUAAAACAACAUUUGGAGAAAAAAAGGUUUGAAUAAUUUUGUUUUCGAAUUUGGAGAAAAAAGUUAAAAAUUGGAGAAAAAAAUCUAAAUUGAGAAAAAAAGUCAGACAAAGUUUUUCUAACCAUUUUUAGAAAAAAGUCAAAAUUAUUUUUCUCCAAGUUUUUCAGAAAAAGUCGAAAGGCGCUUUCACACCGGAGUACUUUUCCCAGGAAUAGCCCCGCCCACGUAAAACUCUUUUGUGAAGCCGCCAUUUUAUUUGCUCGCAUUAGCAUUAGUAGCAUUAGCCCAGCGCACCAACGGAGAGAGGCUAACUUAUGGCAACACAAAAGAAAACAUGUGACCGAUGGAGUGAUGAGGAGGAGUCGGCGUUCUGGCGAUUUACUCUGAAGCUUCUAUUGAAGCCUUCCCCAACUCCGGGGGACUCCGGGACUCCGGGUGGCAGUAUACGCCGUGAAGUUGUUUGCGGCCUGCCAGUAAACCCAAAGCAGAAGAAGAAGAAGUGACGUCAGCGGCUCAUUUGCGUAAUCCUCCCUCAGGGAACUUAUUCCGUUGUGAACGCGAUCUACUAGGACAGUUCCAGGAACUACAGAGUUCGGGGGGAACAAGUACUGGGAACUAAGUAUGGCAAAGUACUUGGUGUGAAAGCGGCUAAUUUCAGAAUUUGUUUUAUCGAAGGCUUUUGAGAAAAAAGUCAAAAAUCAUCGGAAAAAAAUCAGAUUUCUUUUUUUUUACUUCUGGUCAGAUCUAAAAAGAAAAUGUCACAUGUGGCCCCGAUCCUCUUCUGUAAAAGCCCCAUCCUUUUCUUUUGCCAUGCAGUGAUGAAAGAGUAAUUCAGACGCAGCAUCCCUCUCCACUUCAUCCAGACUCCAUGUUGUUGUGAAGGCAUACACUUUUUUGAACGAAGAGUCUGAGGCUCGUCUGCUGUCGAUGUUUACCCCUUUUAUUUUCUGACAGGAGUUUGUGUAAGGUGUUAGUCUAAAGGUCGUAGGUCAGUCGCCCCUGAGCAACGUGUUUCUUCGUGUUGUCGAACCAUCGCAGCCGUGACUUCUCUAAAUGUGACUAGAAUGUGUUUGACAUGUUAAUAUUCUGCAUGUAGACUUCGAGAGGCUAUUUUUGGUCUCUGCCAAAAUAAAAAAGGAAAUGGUUUUUUAAUGUA